AAUUUUGACGACUUGGUGUCUUUGCCAGGAGUUGGAAGAAAGAGUGCUAAUGUAUUUUUAAAUUCGGGACUUGGCAUUCCAACAUUGGCAGUUGAUACUCAUGUUUUUAGAGUGAGCAAUAAAAUUGGCCUUGUGAAAGAAAAAGACGUGUUCAAAACAGAGAAAUCUCUUUUAAAUGUAGUUCCAAAAAAAUACCUACUCUAUGCUCAUCACUGGCUAGUUUUACAUGGUAGAUAUGUUUGCAAAGCACAAAAACCCUCGUGUAAAACAUGCAUCCUG